AUGGAGCGCUGCGAUCUGGGCGAGCGGCGGCGCGGGCCCAUCUGGAGCCGCAGGGCGGGGGCGGCCGCACCGCGGGGAGUUAUGGUGAACAUAACCCACAGUGUCCAAGGGUACCAUUCCAAGACAAUACAUUUUCUGAAUGUGGCUUUUGACAGUUCUGGGGAUUCCCUCCUCGCUGGAGACCGCCAGGGGAAUAUCUAUGUUUUUGACUUGAAUGGGAACAGGUUCAACCUUGUUCAGAGAACAAUGCAGGCUUGCACUGCUUUGGCAUUUAAUCUUCGCAGAAAGACAGAGUUCCUCGUGGCUUUGGCAGAUUAUUCUGUUAAGUGCUUUGAUACAGGAACCCAGGAGCUAGUUAGUUGGAUGAGAGGCCAUGAAUCUUCUGUGUCUUCCAUCUCUGUCCAUGGCUCAGGCAAGUAUGCCAUCACCACUUCCACUGACACAGCUCAACUGUGGGACCUGGACACCUUCCAAAGGAUAAGGAAGCUGAAUGUUCGUCAGUCUGUGGGCAUACAAAAGGUUUUUUUUCUUCCAUUGAGUAACACCAUUCUCAGCUGUUUCAAAGAUAAUUCUGUUUUUGCAUGGGAAUUCGAUACUCUUCACUGUAAAUACCAGUUGUCACCUCCUGUAGAAGGUUCUGUAUUAUUUUAUAAGGUGUUUGCUGUUACCAGGGAUGGUCGGACUUUGGUAGCUGGUGGGAAAUCAAAUCAUCUUCACUUAUGGUGUUUGGAAUUAAAGCAGUUGAUAAAAAUAAUCCAGAUGCCGGAGAAGGUGCGAGCCGUCCGUCACCUGGAAUUCCUCCCUGACAGUUUUGAUGGGGGCUCCAAUCAGGUCCUUGGAGUGUUAAGUCAAGAUAAUAUUAUGAGAUUUAUCAAUAUAGAAACAUCCCAAAUUCUUUUUGACAUUGGGAGUCCUGAAGAGGGAAUUAGUACAGCUGUGAUUAGUCCAAAUGGACGGUAUAUUGCUUCAGUAAUGGAAAAUGGGAGCCUUAACUUAUACAGUGUCCAAGCUUUGACUCAAGAAGGAAAUAAGCCUCCACCAUUCACGUUCAAAGUUGUAGAAGAUGGGCCCAAGUACACAUCAGAGGCAAAUAAACUGAUCACAAAAGUGACUUCAGAAAGGUCAAAGGGGCCAUGGAAAUCCAAACAAAGCAAAAUUCAAAGCAGAUUGCUGAAACUGCAAGCAAAUACAUCACUUGAAAAUAAAGAGAAUGAAUUACCAGGUGGAUUAAACAAGAAACGUCUGCAGGCCUUACUGAAAGGAUUUGGAGAAUAUCCAGCUAAGUACAGGAUGUUUGUUUGGCGUUCCUUAUUGCAACUUCCUGAAAACCACUUGGCAUUCAGUAGCCUGAUAGAUAGGGGAAUCCACAGUGCAUUUGUAAAUAUUCAGAAAGAGUAUCCUAUCAAAAGUGGGAAACUGCUGAGAGUUCUACAGAGGACCUUGUCAGCUCUAGCUCACUGGUCUGCUAUCUUUGCUGAGAUACCUUACAUGCCUUUGCUAGCAUUCCCAUUUGUAAAAUUAUUCCAGAACAACCAGCUGAUCUGCUUUGAGGUUGUUGCUACAGUAGUAGUUAAUUUUUGCCAACAUUGGUUCGAGUACUUUCCCAAUCCUCCAAUUAAUGUCCUUGGUAUGAUGGAAAAUGUUUUGGCACAUCAUGACAAAGAACUGCUUCAGCAUUUAAUAAAAUACAAUGUGACUUCACAGGUUUAUGCUUGGCCUCUCCUAGAAACACUAUUAUCUGAGGUUCUAACAAGAGAAGAAUGGCUGAAAGCCUUUGACAAUAUUUUCUCCAACCAUCCUUCAUACUUUCUAAUGAUUGUCAUUGCCUAUGUUAUAUGUUCCAGAGCUUCCUUGCUCCACUGUAAUCAAGCAGCAGAUUUUGAGUUUUUCUUUCAUCACCGUAACAACGUGGACAUUGAUGUUGUGAUUAAGGAAGCCUAUCAUCUUAUGGAGGCUACACCUCUGGAUAUCCAUCCCCAGCAAAUGCUUGAUGACUUCACACCACUUACAAAAGGACAGUACCCUGUGUUUAAUAAAUAUCCCAUGUUCAUUGUGAAUUAUCAAGCUCAGAAAUGGGAGAAGAUCAGACAAGAUGAAAUUGAAUACUUGAAAGAGAGACAGUUAGCACAUGAAUCAGAAGCCAAAGCACAGGAACAGAAAGCAGAAGAUGAAGCCUGGUAUCAAAGGCAGAAAUUACUUCAAGAAGCUGAAGAACAGAGACAAAAAAUCCUACUGGAAGAAGAGAAGUUGGCAGAACAGAGGCAGAGGCUUGCUGUGGUGAAAAGAGAACUGAAAGUAAAGGAACUGCAACUUUUAGAUGGUUCAAGAAGGCGUUUUCUGAACUACCACCAAGAUCAGCUUCAAAUGGAACUGAAAUGUCUCGAUGAUGAAAUUGCAAGAAAGCAUCUAAUCAAAGACCAAGAGGCAGUUACAAAGGAAAUGAAAGAGGUGGAGGCCCAUCGGAGAAGGGUGGAUCUGGAAGAUCAACGUGUUCAGAGAUUGAUAGAAAUGGAUAAAGAAGAAAUACAGAAAGCUCGGACAGUGGCUGAAGAAAAUGUAGCCAGAGGUGAGCAGAAGUACACUGACAGUGACUGGAGACCCAGGUGGGAUGAGCAGGACCAGGAGGAGUGCUACAGAGAGAUUGCCAAGCUCCUGCAUGACAACAGGGUGAGAGAAGCUGAACUGCUCAAGGCCAUGAGGGAGGCAGAAGAAAAAAAGCAGGAAGAUGUUGUACAGAAUAAAGCCCAACUGGAGGAAGAGCAGAAGGUGGCUGCUGCUGCAGAUGGGCACAGGAAGCAGUUCUCAGAUGACAGAAUGAAUGAUGAGUUAGAACUGGCUGAGAAGCUGCAGAGGGAAGAUGGCUGUUUUGAGAGACUGCAUGAUUUAAAGGCCAGGUGUACAGAGAGAGGGGUGGAAGUCCAGCAGGUGCCAGGGUCUGGAAACAUCUCUCCCAGUGAUCUGUCUACAUUAGCAUCAUCACUACACAAAAAUGUCUUUGCUCCCAGGGAUGGCGUAGGCAGGAGCCGGGCCGAGCUGGCGCGCCGGGAGCGGGAGCUGAUGGCCGAGGUGCGGCGCCUCAGACGCAGGAUCGCCUCACGGGCCCGGGCCGGGCUCCCUGCAGCCCCCUCCCCACCACAGCCUGCUCGCCCUGAGGGGACUUGCACUGCACCUUCAGCUGCACCUUCAAAUUAUUCAUCAGUGAAAAGCUAAAUAUGUAUAGUGUGUAUAGUGUGAUUCAAGAUGGAUCAUAGACUUAUUAAAGGCUUUUGGAGAUAUUUUUAUGUAAGAAUAAAAUCAUAGCUAGAAAAUAUGUCUUUUGUUUGUAACCUUGUUGUUUUUACUUCUAAAAUAAACUAAUUUUUUACCAUUAA